GACAGCUCUUAUAAACACACAGCCAGGAGCAGCUCCGGCUGACCACUGGGUUUACCGCUCAUCUGACCACACAAUGAUCGUGUUGUCGCCGGACGGCUACCUGACCGUACCGCCGGACAUCGGGCUGAGAUGUACCUGGAACAUCACAAUUCAUUCGUGCCUCGCUUGUUCUUGCACGUGUGUGUGCGCUUAUGUGUUUGUGUGCACUUAUGUGUGAAGAAGUGUGUGUUGUUUAUUCAAGUUCAAGUUGUUUAUUUGUCAAAUGCAGAACAAAAACAAGCAGCAGCAGCCAUUGCUGUUUAUUCAACUUGUGUGUUCCAAGCUCUCCUCAGUAAUGCAAGAGACACACGUCAAAAGUAUUAUCAAAGAAGUAACAAGAGCAUUGAUAAAAGGAUAUAAAAAACCCACUAUAAAUAGUGUGUGUGAACAUGAAGGCGUGUGCCUUCAAGUGCAUUUGUGGGUGUAUGUGUGUGUUUGGGUUUGUGUCUGUGUGCACGUUUGGGCACCCUAUAGGGCUGUUGGCAGAGAGAUAUAAGAGAUGUUCUCCAUUAUAUAUCUCUUAUCAUUGUUAUGGAAAUAUAUCCUUCCUUAUUAAGACAAAAGGAUAAUGGAUUAGGCAGAAGGAAUACAGUUAUUGUUUUUGAUUUUUUUGUUUAGAGCUGUGAUGGCAAGUCAAAUAAGAAUGUCAAGUAUGCAUGUGUGUGUGUGUGUGUGUGUGUGUGUGUGUGUGUGUGUGUGUGUGUGCGUGUGUGCGUGUGUGCGUGCGUGCGUGCGUGCGUGCGUGCGUGCGUGCGUGCGUGCGUGCGUGCGUGCGUGCGUGCGAGCGAGCGUGUUUGUGUGUGUGUGUUAUCCUCUGGUAUUUAAGUGAUUCAAACAUUACAUAUUAUGGCAACCAACCAAAGAAACCUCAAUUGAUUGAUUCUUUAAUUCAGAUUUCAAUUUACAUCCACAUUAUUUACAUUCAGUUUACAUUCCAGAUCCAAACGUCAUCCAUGCAGUUAAUGGAAUGUACCUCUUGUGCAUAUUAUUCAAUAUAUACAAACCGAGUGUAGGCCCCUUUUACCAGCUGUACUGAAUGUUCAAGGUGUUGAACAUUGCAUGACUAAACCGUCUCCAAAUAAUCUCAAAUGUCCUCCCAUGCAGGUUUCUAAUAUGAGAUCCCUUUUUACUGUAGAGGUGUUACACACUCACACACACACACACACACACACACACACACACACACACACACACACACACACACACACACACACACACACACACACACACACACACACACACACACACACACACACAGAAGGCUCAAGCCUCCCUAUUGGAUACUCUCUAUCUGUGAUGUCAUCUGGGAAUGGCCUAUAAGAAGGACCUAUUGCUCAACAGCUCAUAAAGGGCGAGCACAAUGCUGAAAGAACAUGUCUGAGUUUUUGUGUGUGUCUGUGGCUGUAAGUGUGUGUGCAUGUGUGUUUGUGCGUGUGUUGGUGCGUGUGUUUGAAGAACAGUUCCCACGCCUGACUCUGCGAUCUGAAGCGUAGCAGAACGGGAGCUGUGACCGAUGGGCUCGGAGGACUUACGGGGCUCUCCUCAGACAACCCUGGAGAAGGCAGGGAGAGAGACGUUGUAGGAAUCCUUCACAGCAGAGCAGGUGGAAGUAGGGUCGCAGUGGAGACCAGCCGUAUGUUCCCGGACUUCUAACAUGCAUGCUCAGUGUGUCUCCUGGAGGUGGAUGCAGAGUUCACAGGAAAGCAAAAGUGAUGGAGAGUACUUCUGCUUUACCUUUGACCUACCAAUCACAAUACACCAAUUCCUCCCAUCGUAACGGGUCCGGACCAGCAAAGUACACGGAGGCAGAGAUAGUUCUACUGGGAGCUGUCUUGUCAGUUCUGGUGCUGGCCAUAGUCCUUGGGAACGUGUUGGUGAUCACGGCCAUCCUGCGCUUCCAGCGGCUGCAGACAAUCACCAACCUGUUCAUCGCCUCGCUGGCGGUGGCCGACCUCAUCAUGGGCGUGGUGGUGGUGCCCUUCGGCUCCAGCUACGUCCUGCUGGGCGUCUGGCGCUUCGGCACCCUGUUCUGCGAGCUGUGGACGGCGUCCGACGUGCUGUGCGUGACGGCCAGCAUCGAGACGCUGUGCGUGAUCGCUCUGGACCGCUACCUGGCCAUCACCUCGCCCCUGCGCUACCCCAUGCUGCUCACCAGGCGCCGGGCCCUGGUCGUGGUGCUGGGGGUCUGGGUGGUGGCCUUCCUUAUCUCCUUCCUGCCCAUCCACAUGGAGUGGUGGGUCUCGGAGGGGGCCGAGGCCAGGCGCUGCCUCCAGGACCCCAGCUGCUGCGACUUCAACACCAACAUGGCGUACGCCGUCUCCUCCUCCAUGGUGUCCUUCUACCUGCCCCUGCUGGUCAUGAUCUUCACGUACGCGAGGGUCUUCCAGGAGGCCCGCAGACAGCUGGCCCAGAUCCGGAGCCGGCAGCAGCGCUUCAGCCACCUGCGCCGCGUCUCCACCGCCGCCGAGUCUCUGCGGAAGGCCGCCGCCGUGGAGUCCAGGAGGUGUGAGGAGGUAGAGGAAGAGGAAGAGGAAGAGGAGGAGGAAGAGGAGGAGGAGGAGGAGGAAGGGGAGGAGGGGGAGGAGGAGGAACAUAUUCUGGCCCCGAGACGCCAUAAAUUCUCACUGAAGGAACACAAGGCAGUGAAGACUCUGGGGAUUAUAAUGGGCACCUUCACGCUCUGCUGGCUGCCCUUCUUCAUCCUCAACAUCCUCAUGACCUUCCUUGACCUGGGGAACGUGUGGAUCCCCUACAGGCUCCUCAACUGGCUGGGCUACUCCAACUCAGCCUUCAACCCCCUCAUCUACUGCCGCAGCGCCGACUUCAGGCACGCCUUCCAGGAGAUCCUGUGCCUCAGGCGGGGCAGGAGGGGCGUCGCUGCGCGGAGGUGAUUGGACGGCUGAGAGAGGGGUGGUGGGGUUCAGUGGCGGCUGACGUCCCCUGCACCUCUGGUAGGAGAGAAGAGCGAAAGACUGGAAACCCCCCAAUUCUAUUAGGCUCUGAUUCUGAGAUUACAUGAAUGACACAAACCAGACAAUUUGCAGGAGCGCAGUCGUAGUUCGCCAUCUUUGGGUUUAUUUCUCAAGCCGUUUUCUCUGAUCACAUAACGGACAGACCGCACUCUGAUAAGCUCUGAAUAUUUUGCUACUUCCGUUUGUAUUUGUAUGGCUUGAAUUUUCUGACUUGUAUUUUCACCACUUGGAUAUGGGUGAUCAUAUUUUGAAUAUCUGAAACUUGAUUUGUUAGUUUAAAUAAGUUAACAUUGUGUUUCUGAAAUGGAAAAACUUGAAAGGCCAUAUUCUAAUUUCAAAGAGGUGAAUUAACCUUGUUUUCAAAGUAUAAUAAUUCAACGCUAUGAAUUCAAAGGUGGUUACAUAAAUGCAAUGGCUUUUAAAACAUUUACCAUGCUUCCGCACUUUGAAUAGAUUGUUCCCAGUUACUUCAUUCAGUCAUUACCGUAACUAUUGAAUUUGUCGUCAGUGUUAAAAGAGUUAUGAUGCAGUCCAUGAGUAAACCAGGCUCAACUGUCCCCUGAUGAUUUUUUAUACAUAUUGUGCUUCCUUGACUUUCAUUUUCCCCUGAACGUCCAUAUCCUUAAUCAGGCUCUGCAUAGCAUUCAGGGUGACAAACCCACUGUAAUAUUUACAGUACUGAAUGGUUCGAUAUAAACAAGAUGAACUUAAACUAAACUGUGCUGCAGCAGAUAUGGUGUAGAAAUCCAUCCAGACAUUCAGUUACACAUAAGCUUUCCAAUGAUUACACAAUUAGUGUCUGAGUGCCCAACCCACAAAAUGACAUAAGCAGCACAUAGUAUGUGAGAGCAUUUGUGGUACCAGAGCCUGGUAAAUGUUUAACACGUGGUUUAUUCAGAGACACGAGGUAAAGGAGCUUGCCCUCUGGAGAUUGUUCAUGAAGCAUCUGCUGAAAUCCAGGAACAAUUCAGUCUAUUGGUGUGGGAGGAAUGGUUGAUAAGCCAAGCCUACAGGGUCUGACUUACCUCAGACCCAUACAAUUUCACAAAGUGUUGACCACUGUAUUACAUUUACAAUUGGGUCAUUUAGCAGUUGCUAUUAUUCCAAGCGACUUACAAACAUUCAUACACACAUUCUCACAAUGAAGCCAGAGUCAUGUUGUCCAAUGAGGUACAGAUGAGAGCUUGAAUAUCAUGUGGUCUAAAUAAGGCAGGCAAAAUUAUAUUUAUAGAGUUUUGUCUUAACUGUGAUCUUAAAAAACACACCCUCAACUAUCUACAAUUAAAAGAUAUUUGAGUGUAGGAAUCAAGGUUCACAAGGAAGCACUUCAAUGCAUAGUAUUCAAAGGUUGUACAGGUGUUCUAUUGUUUACAUACCAGUGUGAUCCAUGCACCUCCAAAGCUUUAAAAACGUUUUUUACACAAUGUUUAUUUAUUUAAGUUAUGUUUAAACAAGACACGAGCAAUAGGUGAGCAGGAAAAGGCCCUAGGGCUAAAUGAAUGGCUUUUUAUCACGUGAGCUGCACAAGAGCCUGUUUGUUACACCGGAAACAUUUGCCCAACAGUCCAUCAUUAUCUUCUCUGUUAGUUAUUUACAUUCAAUGUAGGAUUUGACCAAAUAGAUAGACAGGCAAAUAAGGCAUAGAGGAUAGGAGUUAUCUGGAAGCUGAAUACUGCAGCUGAAGGGUGGAGCUUUACCCUGUAUACUGUGGUGCAGCUGAAGCGUGGAGGUUUACCCUGUAUACUGUGGUGCAGCUGAAGGGUUGAGCUUUACCCUGUAUACUGUGGUGCAGCUGAAGGGUGGAGCUUUACCCUGUAUACUGUGGUGCAGCUGAAGGGUGGAGCUUUACCCUGUAUACUGUGGUGCAGCUGAAGGGUUGAGCUUUACCCUGUAUACUGUGGUGCAGCUGAAGGGUGGAGCUUUACCCUGUAUACUGUGGUGCAGCUGAAGGGUGGAGCUUUACCCUGUAUACUGUGAUGCAGCUGAAGGGUGGAGCUUUACCCUGUAUAUUGUGGUGCAGCUGAAGGGUGGAGGUUAACCCUGUAUACUGUAGUGCAGCUGAAGGGUGGAGCUUUACCCUGUAUACUGUGGUGCAGCUGAAGGGUGGAGCUUUACCCUGUAUACUGUAGUGCAGCUGAAGGGUGAAGCUUUACCCUGUAUACUGUGGUGCAGCUGGACGGUGGAGCUUUACCCUGUAUACUGUAGUGCAGCUGGAGGGUGGAGCUUUACCCUGUGGUGCAGCUGAAGGUGGAGGUUGCCUCUCUGAAUGCUGUAGUGUAGAUGAAGGGAGGAGGUUUAUACUGUUUUGAGGUGUAUUUGGCAUCGUACUACAUAAAUGCUUCACGUCUUGCAACAAAAACAUACAUUUCCUGUGCCUGUGUGUGUUUGUGCGUGUGUGUAUGUGUGUGUACUAUCAAGGUCAUGACAAACCGGACCUGUAGCUCGACCUCACAGCUGUUAGGGAGGGAAUUGUUACAUAUGUACAUACACUUGUGUGCCCACUGUAAUUAUACAGCAGUAAAGUCAAAGUAUUUAUUUGAAAUGGUAAAUAUAUAUGAGGAAAAUAAUGUCUCUCUAAGGCGUGGAUCCUCUAAGGCGACCGAACCACAAAUUAUAAUUUCCAUAUUAAUUAUUUGUAUUACCUGCGAGACAUCACGGCGACUAGAAAAUCUCAGCUUUCUUUAAUGCAAGCACUGAGCAGCCGAACGUAGCCCAACACAAUUGGUCAACCCAUCGGUGAGCGUGAUUCGUCUGUGAUUCGUCCACUUUGCUUUGGUCCACUCACAGUCAGCGACGGUUUGAAAGGUCAGAUUGAGAUUGACAUUGCAGAAGUGAACCAGUUUCGUAAAGACAGCUUUGUCAACAGUUAGUUAGAUACGUAAGCAGUUGAUUUUCAAUAGGCUAUCAAAAGAUUGAACGAGAUAACAAAAAUGGCAUGUUCAAAGAGCAAAAGAAUAGUUGACAGGGAAAAUCGUAAAUUCAAAGAUGAAUGGACCAAAAAAUAUGCGUUCAUCCUUCCCCCAAUGGCCACAAAACCGAUGUGCCUCCUAUGCCAAGAAAAGGUAGCUAUUGUGAAGAGUGGCAAUAUAAAACGCCACUAUGAAACAAAGCACACUUAUUUUGAAGUAUCCUAGCCUCAAAAUGCAGAGCUUAAAACAGCUAAAAUCAAUGGGAUGAAACUGUCCUAUGAGUCUGCAAGCAGAAUUCUCGUUGGAUUAACGACGAGAGAAGAAGCAACUGAGGCCUCACUCAGAGUAGCGUGGGUGUUAGGUAAACACAAAAAGGCAUUUUCAGACGCAGAAAUAAUUAAAGAAUGUAUGACCAAAGUGAUGGGAAGUUUGAGGGGAAACAAAAAUAAGAAAUUAUCAAUAAAAUCAAGCAAAUUCCCGUCUAACAGCUACAAGAAGAACAGAAAUACUGGCUGAUGAUUUUAUGAAAAAGCUGAGUGAUGGAAUGAAAAAUGCACUGUGCAUUGCAUUAGCAGUGGAUGAGUCCACUGACACCACUGACAAUGCGCAGUUGCUGGUGUUUGUGAGGUAUUAUGAUGAGGCAAAAGGGGAGUUUGUGGAAGAUGCUUUGGGCCUAACAAACCUCAGUGUGCACACAAGGGGGGGAAGACAUUUAUGAGGCAGUAAUGGAAAUGCUGAAUGAAUGAGGGAUUGAUUUGAAGAACGUGAUGUCAAUUGCGACUGAUGGAGCUCCAGCCACGAUGGGGAGAGAGAGAGGGCUGGUUCAUCCUGAAUAAUCCCCAUCCUGACCUGAUAUCAUGCCACUGCAUAAUCCACCAGUCUAUCCUUUGUGCAAGUCUUGGAGAAACGUACUCUGAAAUCAUGACAACAGUGAUGCGACUCAUCAACUUCUCGGUAGCAUCUUCUGCCCUGCAGAAGAUCGUUUGCUUCGCACAUUCCUGACAGAGAUCAAUGCAACUUUUGAUGAUUAGCUCCUGCACAACAAUGUGAGAUGCCUGAGCAAAGGCAAGGUUCUCGAGCGUUUUUGGGCCAUUAGGAAAGAGCUGCAAGUGUUUCUAUCAGAGCAAAAGAUUGUAAAGGCAAAAGAGUUCAUGGACUUGAAGAAAAGAUGGAAGCUGUUGCAUAAUUGGCUGAUACAACAUCCCAUUUCAAUGAUCUAAAUCUCAAACUACAAGGAAAGAACACAGUGUGUGAGAUGAUGUCAGCAGUGUUUGCUUUCCAGAGGAAACUGGAGGUUUUCACAAGUGACCUGCAGGUAAGCCUUUUCUGCCAUACACAUUCCCUGGAUUCCAAUGAACACCUUUCUUUUAUGAAGUGCUCAUCAUUAAUUAUUGUGUUUUUACCUACAGGAGGGACUGUUCCACUUCCUAAAACGUUUGGAACAGACCAAAGGAGAAGGACAUCCUCAGAAUCAUGUGAAAUUCCUGGAGAAGCUGAUGUAGAAUUUUAAGAGCCGCUUCGAUGACUUCACAUUAGGAAAACAAGUCCUACUGUUCAUUGAAAACCCCUCUCUGAUCAUAAAUGUCAGACUUCUCUGAAGAAGCAGAACACAUCUUUCCAUGGGCCAGUGCUGCUUCUCUGCAAAGUGAGUUGAUUGACCUCCAAGAAAGCCUUGCACUGAAAGAGGCUGAAUGUGAUGCACCUUCUGGACAGAUGGUUACUGCAGCUAAGUUCCCUAUCCGGCACAAAAUAGCACCGCACAUUCUCACAAUGUUUGGCUCAUUCUACAGUUGUGAGUCUGCAUUUUCCACAAUGACAUGGUGAAAAACAAAUACCGCAGCCAAUUCACCAAUGAUCAUUUCAUUUUUGCUUUUAAUGGACUUUAAUGAAAGGACCUCUGACCUUUGGAAAAUUGUAUUUGUGGACCUUCAAGAUUUGAUUUGAGUACCCCUGUUCUAAGGUAAUGAAACGGUGAGUGUUCUCAUCAGCACCGCCUUGUGGCGGGAACUGGAGUCAGUUUGACCAGAAAUUAAGUAUUUUAAGGGUACAUUCUCUGGAUGGAUUGACUAGUGAACUGGUACGUUUUAUAACUUUUAUUCUUAAGAGACGUUUUCGUCCUGAACGUUAUGGUCCAUAUUUAAAAUUAGUGUGGAGCAAAGAGCCGCAGUGGAAGAGUGACAUAGUGCACCUUGAACCAAAUACAAUGUUGCCGCUGGGCUUAGGACCCUUGGGCUUAGUUCCCCUAGGUUUAGGUCCUCUGCCCUGGGAUUAGGGCCCCUUGGUUUUACAGCACACAUUGUGUCAGAGUUCCCCUCCAGAAGCUGACCUUUUGAUGCUCCGAGGAUCAGAUAUAAACCAGAGUCUGCUUCCUCCUCCCUCUCGCUCCGUCCUUCUUCAACAUAUUUGGUGUCUCUCCUCCUCUUUCUCUCUCUGACGUUCCUCUCAUUCCAUCUUGCUGUCUGUGCGUUUGCGUCCACGUGCUUGUGUGCUCUCAUCAUAAAUACAGACUCUCUAAACAUUUAUAGAUCUGUUUCAAUCUGUUAUGAAGUGCUCACGGGUUAUUCAUAUUGUUCUCUCUCCCUCUCUCUCUCUCUCUCUCUCUCUCUCUCUCUCUCUCUCUCUCUCUCUCUCUCUCUCCAUCUCUACAUAGAAAGACACCACCUGUCGAAAACAAAUGUUCUGAUUACAUGUACAUUACCAUACAGAGUCCAUCUGCUCCCAGGCAAAAACGGUCUCCUCUCAAUCAGGUUUGUAGUUCUAUUGUCCUCAACAGAACCCAUUACCCUCUCCUAACUUGAUUAUUAAAUCCCUGUAUUUGUGGUUGUUGUUGCCAUCACUUUAAACUGUUUAGAGCCCAUGUAAAGAAAGGGGGAGAGAGAAAGGCAGAGAGAGACAAGGGACUUAUAGGGAUCCAAACAGAAGGAUUCAACAAUGCAAAAGCACUGCAAUGGCCAUGGCCUAAAUGAGUCCGAGCAGAGGCCGUCAAGCUCUGACCUUCUUACCAUCACAUCUCUUUAUCGCCCUUUCAUCGCUCUUUCUUCCUGGCCCUAUUAGAACAUGAAUUUCCAUUUUGAGGUUAACUUAUCUCUCUCAUUAUUACAUCCUUUAAA